AUGACGACUGUUGAAAGAUGGCAGGGGCAACUGCCGUCCCGUCUCAGAGGCGGCGAGAGAAGUUCAACCCAGGUGGCUACCCAAGAUAGCCCCGAUGUCGAAUGCCCGGAAGGCCUGAGGCACAAGUUCUCAAACUGGCGAGCUUCUGUUCCCUUUCGUUCACCUCCAACCAUCACAUCAAAAUCUGCGCAACAGGUAGAUCCCAAAACACCCCAGUAUGAGGAGUCUGAUUCUGGUAUCGGCAUCACCACGCCGUUAUCUCAAGAUAGCCACAACGAGCCUCUAGGGUCGGAACUGCCCGGCACAGACCUCAGACUCUUCGACGGGCCUGUUUCUGACCGACUGAAAGCACGGUUCUUCGACAUAAAAGUCCUGUACACCCAACCACUACUGGACUACAUCCUCAAAAGGAAGAAGGAUCCAGGAGAUAUCUCUAUGAAGCUGAAAUACCUGGGACUCAGCUCACUAGGCGCCCAACUCCAUAUUGUCAUUCAGUGCGAAAGAAAGAUCGCCAAGCGAGUGAGGAAAUUCUUCGUGCAAGGUCAUGUUGAAGAAGAGCUUUUGCCUGACUUUCGGGUCUUUGUGCUGGAAAAGGCACUCAUGCGACUGACGGAUGACAAUGCGAUAGAGAUUCUGACAGACUCUAUGCCAGAGAGAACAUGGUGCGGCACGCCGAUUAGACUUAGGCGAGGCAAUGCAUCUGUCGUGGCGACUUUCGGCGGUAUCAUUGUGGUUGAAGCCACCCACAAACGUCUAGUUGGCUUAACGGCUGCCCAUUCUCUAAAGAAAUUGCACCGCCCUCCAUCUGAUCAUCUCUCAGCUCAUGAGGGAGACGUCCCGUUCUCUUCCUCCUCAUCAGACGCUUCCGAAAGCGAAAGCGACUCUGAUGGCGAGUCCACAAUCACGACUCAAAGUUCACUGCAGCACCCCGAGCCCUUGAACGAUAAGGGACUGGAUACCACUGUAUCUCAAAACACCUUGGAAAUCGGCACCAUCCUUUGCAAUACAUUCGAUGCCCCGAUGGCACAGAACUAUGACUGGGCUAUUAUCGAUUUGGAUCAACAAGCGACAUUGCCCAAUAGAAUAGUCCUGGAUGGACAAUCUGACUCGUCAGAUUUUGAGGAGGAAAGCGACCUUGAACCCAUCAUGUUUCCAGUGGGGAACCCUUGCGUAUCAGUGUCUAGGCAAGUCAUGGUACUGAAGCGAGGUGCCAAGCUGAUUGGAGAGAUGUCUCUUGAUACUUCCUCUGUGCUGAUAUCCCCUGGAUCGUCGUUCGUUGAGGUUUACGAUCUUACCAUGGAGCAUGGCUGUUCUUUAAGUCCUGGUGACUCCGGCUCAUGGGUAGUCGAUGCGAAGACCUCCGUAUUAUAUGGCCAUGUUGUUUCGAUUGAUGCCUUUGGAGAGGCCCAAGUGAUGCCUAUUCGUUCGACUCUCGACAGUAUCAGGGCUCAAAUGAAUGCCACACGAGUGUUCCUGCCCAAUAGUGAUGAGAUGCAACUGUUGCAGGAGGAGUCGAGGAGUCGUACUCCAGCCAAAUUGGACGUUUCACCGGUCACUGAAGAGUACGAAAAGCAGGAAGGUACAUCGACAACUCACCCAGAAGGUAUGAAGGGAGGCCAACCUGCAUCAUCCCCAUCUUCGUCUAAGCGCGUAGCAUCUCGACAAGAAGUUAUUGCACAGAGCCUCGAGAUCGCUCGUGAAACUCCUGACGGGGCUUCGUAUCCUUUGAUCAGAGAUAUCCUUGAAUCUGCACUGGAAGAAAUAUGGACCAGGGUACAGGAUCAGCCCGACUCGUAUAUCAUGACGAAAGAUGAGUUUGCCGUCUUCAGCUUUUUCAUGGACCGCUUCGUCGGCGAUAAAAUGGCAAUCGCUGCUCGAAAGAGAUACUGGAAAGCCAUAAUGUCCAUAGACUCUUCGGAGCCUACCAAGACUGAAAAUGACGAUCUCGCUCAGAUUGACGCCAUUCGGGAGUUGGUUCAGGCUUCGUAUCGACGCAUUGGCAAAUAUGGCCCCGAUUUCUCCAAUGUGGCUACUAAACUGUACAAACUUGAAAUGACUCUCAGGCGGUUGCGAGAUGAAGUUGCGGAGGAACAAGACGAGUUGCCUGUGCAUAUCCAACAAUCAUACACAAAUCAUCUUCACUCACUAGUCGAGGAUUGGGAUUUCGCAAUGAAGCGAGUCAAAUCCUUACUCGAUACUUAUCAUGAUGAUGAGAUAAUUCUUGCAGGAGAGGAGGCUUCCAAGAGCGGUGAACUGAAACCCAUAGAGCCUAUCUUUGCCGGCAAAAGGAUGGCUAUUGAGCUACUACUGGACUCAAUCCAGUUACAAAAGCCUCAAGUUUACGAUCAACACCAGUCUGACCUCCUCGAAAAGAUCAAGGAUAAGGUCGACCACAUUGCUGCCCAUCUCUUCGCCAACUGGAAUGCCGAAUCCUUUUCAGGAGGGAAUGAUGAUUUAUGGCGAUAUUUCCAGGAGCUGCUGGAGAAAGAAGGAUUUUCUUCCCAAGUCCUAAGCAAGAAGAAAGAUGUUCUCAUAGCGUAUAUCAACGACCUUGGAUAUAUUGCCGAUACCGCAGCCAGCACAUUCUCUCAUGCUCACAAACCACUCGACAAACCCCUGGACUACGUCCCCCACGAUGAAAAGAAGUCAAAUGUGGAUAACAAGUUCGAUACAAGUAUACGAAUUGAUCUCAUUACAACGGAGGACAUUAUUGCCUCAGAUAAUGAGGAUUCAGUCAUCCGACAGAUCGAGCGUAGAUUUUCACCAAAGGGACCAGACACUUUGCAACAGAACAUGUCAUUGGAGGGUUGGUCAACGAAGACCUCUCAGCUAGCCAAGGAGACAUCACCCAACUAUGUCUCGUCUCUGUCCACAUAUGGGCGCAAGAAUGGCACGCGUGGUCCUGCUCAAUCUUCUGGGCUUGUGAGCCAAGAUCAAAACGGUAGAGCAAUAGCUGAUGAUGCCCUUUGGACCAAGAUAUCACGCAAACUUGUCAGUGUCGAGGCGCUUCAACGAGCGGGGGUGCGCUACGAAGCAAGGCCAGAUUAUGUGGCAAUACUUGGCGAUUUGUCCAGGGAAGAAGUGGCAAAGCUCGUUCGCGAAAGUGAAGCGACAACCACCUCCCGUCCUCCACCUCCGUAUCCUGAAGAAACCCUUGCCAGACAGAGACGUCUUUUUUGCUCAAACCGCGACGACGAAGAGAUAUCCUUCAUCCCUUUGAUGGAAGGCGAUUAUAAGGGUAAUGCAGUUGUUCGAACACAUCGUAGGAGGGCUGUCAAGGACCGUGAUAGAGAUGUCGCGUGGCAUCCCCCGCGCAGAGGGGCCGAAAAGAAGCAAGAGAAGCCCGGUAGUAGACAAGAGAAGUUCAACGGGAGGUAUUACAAUCGAGCUCCCAAAAUCCCAAGGCGUGAUGGACUUCACCACAGUGUGAGGGCCUAUGAUAAGGGUGGCCGAGGUGGUGUAGUUGGAAUUGGCAGCGCUGCGGUAAGCUUGCUCAGUGUGCUAUCUGAGGCUGCGUCAACUUUUUAG